AUGGAUCAACCUCAUCAUCAGCAAGAAGUAGAAUCAAGUGAAGAACAAAACCCAGUUUUCCUUUUGGAUGCUCUGUAUUGCUCAGAAGAGCAUUUGGAGGAGCUAGCGAGUGUAGUGGAGUAUUUCCAAGAGGAAGAUGAAUUUGUAGGAGACAGUUGUUACAGCAAUAUUUCAUCGUAUAAGCCAAUAAAAGUUCCAAUCUUGCUAGAGCAAGACUUGUUUUGGGACAACGAGGAGCUAAUCUCGCUGUUAUCCAAAGAAGCAGAACAAAAUGGUGAGCUUCAAAAACCUCUCCAAAUCAGCUCUUCCGUGUCUGGGGCUCGUAAAGAGGCAGUGGAUUGGAUGCUGAGAGUGAUUACCCACUUCUCUUUCUCUGCUCUGACUGCCGUUCUUGCUGUGGAUUACUUUGAUAGGUUCUUCUUCAGCCUCCAGUUUCAGAUUGAGAAGCCAUGGACGACCCAGCUUGCUGCUGUGGCUUGUCUCUCUCUUGCUGCCAAAGUGGAGGAGACCCAAGUUCCCCUUUUACUGGACUUCCAAGUGGAAGACAGUAAGUAUAUUUUUGAAGCUAGAACUAUUAAGAGAAUGGAGAUUUUGGUGCUCUCCACACUUCAAUGGAAGAUGAACCCUGUCACUCCACUUUCAUUUGUCGAUUACAUCACAAGGAGGCUUGGACUAAAACACCAUCUCUGUUGGGAGUUUCUCAAGAGAUGUGAGCUCAUCCUUCUGAAUCUCAUUUCAGAUUCUAGGUUCAUGUCUUUCCUUCCAUCUGUGGUGGCCACUGCUACAAUGCUGCACGUUGUCAACAAUAUAGAACCCUGUUUACAUGUCGAAUAUCAAAACCAGCUCUUGGGCAUUCUCGGAAUUGACAAGGAGAAAGUGGAUGAUUGCUAUAAGCUUGUCCUGGAAUUGUCAUCAUCAGGCGGCCAUUGCAAACCAUCCAACAAGCGCAAGUUUGGUUCAAUUCCUGGCAGUCCAAAUGGAGUUAUAGACAUGUCAUUUAGCUCUGAUAGUUCAAAUGAUUCGUGGGCCGUGGCCUCAUCAGUCUCAUCUUCACCAGAGCCUCUGUCAAAGAAGAGGAAGCUCAGCCACAACCCAAAUGCAGAGAUUCUCAGCUUCAACCCUCGCUAG